AUUAGUUGUAACAAAAUCGAAGCUAUUUGGUAGCUGUGAUUUUCGGAUUUGAGCACAAACAGAAACGUUGACAGCUCUUGAAAUAAAAAAAGCGUCUAUUCAAUGUGACAAAAGAAUACACUAGGUUAACUGUGCAAAAAAUCGCACGAAAAUUGUCAAACAAAUAACAAAGUUAAAUGAAUAUGCAAGCCACAAGCUCCAAUAUAGCAACAACAGCGAGUGGAGCCAGUGGCGUCAGCGGCGAGUCUAUGGCCACGCCGUUGCGGGCUUGCAGCACCAGCGGCUGUCGGGUGAGCAAAUAUGUGGAAGUGACCAAGCGCAAGUGCUCCCAGUUUGUGUCUGCGCCCUACAUCAUGCCCAAGCCGCUGGUGGUGAAUGGCAAGACAUCGAUUUUCCAAGUGGGUGGCGAAAUGGCCAAAAUGGGCGAUAUACCCUCUCUAUCAGCUGCAUCCGGAGGCGGCGAUGGUCAGCCCAUCUACCGGAUUAAGCCAGGCACACACGCGCACGUCAUAAAUUACGUGUUUAUAGACGAGGGCUCCGACUCCAUGGAGAAAGCCAAGUCGGAAGAUCAAGAAGCGAUGCGCAUGCUGCUGGACUCGCAGCGUGAGAGCGCCACAGCAAAGCUACAGAAAUUAAUAUCUACACACCGCGCCGUUGCACAGACGCCUGCUGCUGCCGCUCCAGCCACAGUGCCAACUACUCCAGCUUUAGCUGCUGGUGCUGCUGUGUCUAAUCUCGCACCUAUUCUAACACCCACCACUGCGGUGGCUGCGCCUGUUGCUAACAGCGUGAACGUGACUACUCCUCAGAUUCAUCCAGAUCUUUCCAUUGCCAGUGUGGAGGGCGCGCUGCCUUUUGUGGCUAAUCGCACAUCCGCCCCAGGAGCAACAGCCCAGCCAAAGCCAACAGCCGUGGACAAUAGCGUUGACCAGCUGCAAGCCGAGAUUCUCAAAUUACGCCGCACUGUUGCCCGUCUGGGCGGUGGUCGUGCGACAAAGUAACUUAAAUAGAAUUAAUGACAAAAC